CUUUCAUCAGCCAUCGCGACCUCUCGCCAGCAUCUUCAUCUCUCACGCACGCCGGUGUCUACGCAAACAUCUUGCUCAGCGGAGUCCCUUCCCAGCCUUUGUAGGAUGACUUCAGCCACCAUGUGUUAUCGUCACCCUGCUCCAGGAUGGCAACGACACACAAUGCUUUUUUUGCAGGCUCGCAAAGAACAUUCAAUAGAAGCAACAAGCAACGGUCUUUGUAUGAUUUUCGACUUCGCCUUAGGUCUCCUGUCCUGGCUAUGAUUACAUCCGCGACAAAGGGAUACACAGGGAGUCUUAAACCUCCCGACAGGAUCCUUCCUUGCUCUGUCUGUCCUCACGUCUCCCUAUUUUAUGAUAUCUGUCACCUUCGUCAGUCAUUACAGUUAUAUUCUCUUAAGUCAUGUCCACCUCAUUCUCCGUUAUUACCGUUGAAUCAUCGACACUGUAUGUAAUUGGCACAUGUUUAAUCCUCUUACGAAUCAUUUCUCGACGACUUACGCUGGGUUCAUUCUCGAACCUUCAAUUAGAUGACUGGCUAAUGAUUUUUAUUUUGGUCCCCUUUACCGGAACCAUUGUGUGUGCGAACGAAGUUGCGCGCCAUGAGAGUCUACUAGGUUCUGAUAAGCCUGACGUAGUAUGGGGUCUGAAAAUGAGAUUCGCUCUGGAAGAGUUUCAAAUUACGAGCUCUUGGCUUGUCAAAGCAUGUCUCCUAAUUCUGUACAGGAGGAUAUUCCCUGGCGGGAAAGAGCGUCGAUACCUCGAUUGGACAUCCGCUUACUGUCUGCUCACAUACCUCAUCAUCCAAAUAUUACAACCGCUACUUUGCAGCCCUGUCCAGGGCUACUGGAACAUGUCACCGACUACCUCACAAUGCUCUACAUAUCAUGCUCACUCUAUCAUUACCCUCUUCUUUGACACCACGACUAUCCUAACUGUCCUCAUAUUUCCGAUACCGAUGAUUCCAACACCGCGGAAGCUGCUUCUUGCAAUACUUUUGGCCUUUGGGGCCGUUGUUCUUAUUACAGCGAUACUGGGACGAUACUAUGUAAUAAUUCACUCGUCAAACCCGAUGCACCUACUUUGGUACGGGGCUGAGGCCACGGGUAUCAUCUGCUUCGCAAAUCUCCCCUUCCUAAACUCUCUUAUCACGUCAACGACAUCACCUUCCCGCAUACGCCAUAUCAGCAGUAAUCUUACCCAAACACCAUGGCCACGCUCCUUCAAGCCAACGUCGAGCGGGCAAGCACUACGUUCGAAUAGCACCACCACAACACGAUCGCUUGCUCGCGUUGAAUUUGAGGAUGAGUGGAGUAAUUGUAGCGUUAUACCCUCAUCGACACCGCUCACGCCUAUCCACACCCUCCGACCUACAGACCCACCACCUGAACUGGGAGAUUAUUGGCAAAGCCGACAACUCUCGUCAAGGGAUGCGGACAUCGAGAGAGCUUUGAGACCUUCUCCACAGCCCUAGUAUAUAACAUGCGACCGUUAGGUAUGAUCAUGAAUAUGGUGUUCUAGGUGGGCAAAAGUAGGCUAUAGAGCUCGGAAAGGCGAAUCCUAGUCAUGCGAAUUGCUAUUCUCUCU